AUGGCGGCAGCAGGUAGCGGUAGGGCGGCAGGGUGGCAGUGGCGGGCAGUAGCCGCGGGCGGCGGCGGGCAACGGCGGACAGCAGCGGCUGGUAACGGCGGGCAAUGGUGGGCGGCAGCGGCGGGCAGCGACGACGGCGGCGGUAGCGGCGUUAGGGCGGCGACGGCGGCGGGCGGCAGCGGCAGCGGCGGAUUUGGCGUCUGUUCGGCGGCAGUUCGGGGCGCAGGAGGGAGCAGGGAGCAAGCAGAGGGUGGAGUUGGGCUGGAUCAAGUCUUGCUGGUGCAGUUUCCAUUUCCGAGGGAAAAAGAUGAUGCGCCAGGGUUACUCUGA